CCAGGUGAGGCUUACCUGUCCUCUGAAGUAUCUUCUCCUCCAGGUGAGGCUCAUCUCUCCUCUGAAGUCUCCUUUUCCUCCCUGUUCUCCAGGUGAGGCUUACCUGUCCUCUGAAGUCUCUUCUCCUCCAGGUGAGACUCAUCUGUCCUCUGAAGUCUCAUUCUCUGGUCUCUUCUCCUCCAGGUGAGGCUUACCUGUCCUCUGAAGUAUCUUCUCCUCCAGGUGAGGCUCAUCUCUCCUCUGAAGUCUCAUUCUCCGGUCUCUUCUCCUCCAGGUGAGGCUCAUCUGUCCUCUGAAGUCUCAUUCUCCGGUCUCUUCUCCUCCAGAGAUGAGAAUAAAGAACUUUCUGGCUGCAAUAUUCUGCCUGCUGAUUGGAUGGGAACAUGUGGAGGCGCUCGGCGACACCUACGAGUUGAAGUUCAAACCCAACGUAUUCGAUGACCAAUACAUUGGGUGUGUGGACAAACUCAACGAUGACGUCAUGCCCAGGAUCUUGCGGCAGGAGAAGGUCAACCAGGAAUUUGACGAAGCUUGGAAGAGGGCAACUAAAGCUUGGAAAAAGAUGGUGUCCAAGGCCAAACUCCCAGAUGAAUUUGAGGACGAGCAUGGGAUCGCUCUACUGGUGUUCACCGACCAGUUCCCUGAGAAGAACCCCAUAUACCAGCAAAUUAACGCCAACCUCACCAUCGCUGGAGCCUCUCUCAAGGACUACAUGGACAACUUUCACUUUAAAGCUCUUCACUUCUACCUGACCAGAGCCCUGCAGAUCCUCAAACCGGACUGCAGAAAACCGUAUUCCACGUUCCGGGGGAGCUGGGACACCUUCGAGGCCUCUCCGCUCUUCAAGUUUGGGAGAUUCACCUCCACUUCCCUCAACAGCACCAAGGCUAAAUCCUUCGGAGUGAUGUCCUUCUUCCAGAUCACCACCUGCUUUGGUGCCGAAAUUGGACAAUUCUCGUUUUACCCCGGGGAAGACGAAGUGCUGAUCCCACCUACUGAGAAAUUCACCUACGUCAUGAAGAAUGACUCCACCUAUGUUCUGGAGAGCACCGGCCAGCUUUGCAGCUACUUCAACUGCGCCAUCAUGGGAGGGGAGAAGAAGACGGAAGCGAUCUGUCACUCAGACUCGUCCAAAUUAAAGAAGAUCGGGAACAUAAAGAAGAACAAAGUCUCCUCCCCUCUGUCUGAGCUGGAGGAGCGAAUCACAGCGCUGGAGAAGCUGGCCAUCCGGAACCACGAGCAAUAUGACGAGGUCCGAGCCAACAUCUCACAUGCCCAUGAUGAGGUGAAGGCACAGGGCAGUCUAACAACGUAUCACACCCUGGCCGUUAGAGCGUUGGCCACCGAACUGGAAGAGGUGAAAUCACAGAUGGAAUCCUCCCAGAACCAGCAAAGUCCGUACGCCGAGGUCUUCCAUCACACCACCAAUAUCCUGAACCUGCUGCUGAAAGAGGAGCUGAUAGACCGCAGAGCCCUCCGGGGGGAGGAGGAGAAACUGGACAGGAUCCGCACCAAGCUGGACGAACUCCGGGACUUUGCCUGGAACACUAAGCUCCGCCUUUAUGAUGUGGAGAACGCUCUGGACACUGACAGGACGCGGGUGACCGAUGUCCAGGAUUCCAUUUCCCACAAUCUGGAGACAGUGAAGACUCUACGGGAACACAUAUCAGUUCUGCAAGCUUCCAGAGAUGAGCUGCAGGCCACCAUGAAGAACAUCACCUGGGGAUUGACCUUCGUCAGUACGAUUGGAACUCUAAUCUUGAUAAAGCGGUUUUGGUCGGUGUUUCCACAGAAGACGCAAAUGAAGACAACUGUGAAUUCCAAUGAUGCUUCGGUGAAUGAUUUGUGAAUCUGCAUCUGGGGAAAGUUACCCCCCAAGAGACCUGUGCCCAGAUAAGGAAAGGUCUUCUACCGUCUACAAAGAUAUGAGAAUCUUCUUCUGGUGGAUUUGGAAUAUUUUAGCACUUUUGCUUCAUCUUUACAAUAUUUAUACUCUUUCUUGAUGCGGGUGGACAAUUACCAGAUUACCCUUUAAGUUCUUCUGUGGAGUUAAAUAAUCCUUUAUUAUUACUGCUACAGAUCUGUUGCUGGUUGGGGGGUUGGCGUGUUCCUCCAUAAACCUGCCUGGACCCGAUUAUCGGGAAUGUCUGCUGCCAAUGAUCACCGAGUCUCCCGAACAAGAAGAGCCAUUUAUCUGAAUUUGUGUUUACAUGAUCUGAUUGGAGGAAUGUUGUAGAGGGCGGUGGAACCAACAUUCUGCUGUGAUCCAUGAACGUCAAAGAGGAUGGACGAGCCGAUAUCUAGCCAUGAUCCAUGAAGUUUAUAGCAGGUGGUUGAGCUGAUCUCUAGCCAUGAUCCAUGAAUGUCCAAGAGGGUGGUGGAUCCAAUAUCAAGUCAUGGUCCAGGAAUAACAAAAAGGGUGGGAGAGUUGGUGUCCAGCCAUGGUCCAAAAAUAUAAUAGCAGGUGAAUGAGCCAGCAUCCAGUCAUGGCCCAUAAAUGACAAAGAGGUAUCAAGCCAUGGUCCAUGAAUGUUAUUGCAGGUGGUGGAGAUGGUAUCCAGCUAUGGUCCAUGAAUAUCAAAGCGGGUUGUAGAGACAGCAUCCAGUCAUGGCCCAAAAAAUGUCAAAGAGGGUGAAGGAGUCCAUGUCCAGAAGCAGGCCAUGAAUGUCCUAGAAGGUCGUAGAAAUAUCAUCCAGUCAUGGUCCGUGUGAAGG